GAAGUCAGAAUAUCCGGAAGAGAAAGAGGCUUUUCUUACAAGUGGUAACAAGAAACAAACACGGGUGCUGUGUUUCUGGUUAAACGAAGAGCAGUGAUCCUGCAAACUGUGAAUGUAUUGCAAAUCACAGCAGUAUAAACUUUUAUUUGGAAGAAUGGCUUUCCUACUGACUGCAGCUGUGUGAUAUUUGGGAUAAAGCACAUGAUGAAGGUUUUAACAUUGUAGCAGCUGCCAACGAGUCUGGUUGCUAUUAACUUCUCUGCAGAUAAUUAAAGUCCAAGCUCUACUGUCCCUGAUGGAAACUACAGAUGCUUAUCAACAGUUCCAGGCAGCUGUCAGAGUCAUCCAGAGCCUACCUCCAAAAGGCUGUUACCACCCAUCAUAUGAGAUGAUGCUCAGGUUUUAUGGGUUUUAUAAGCAGGCGACCAUUGGUCCCUGUAAUAUCAAGAAGCCAGGUAUCUGGGAUCCAGUUGGUCAAUACAAAUGUUAUCUCCGCUUCUCAUUUUUUUUUCGUCUCCUUUGCUGUGAUUAUACACCACUCAUCUACAUUUUGCAUAGGGAUGCCUGGAACAAACUGGGAGAUAUGUCCAAGGAAGAUGCUAUGAAGGCUUACGUUGAGGACAUGAAGAGAGUAGCUCAAGAGGUAAUCGAUAUGCUUCCUAGAAUAGAAAAUGCCAAGGACAUGUUCCAGUACUUUGAGUCACUUUAUGAAGUAAUAACUGACAUGCCCAGACCUCCUGCAUCCUACUUCAAGGAGAAAGCAGCCACAUUGAAGGGGACCAUGAUGGGCAAUCCAGAUACCAAAGUUAAUGAUUCAGUUGACAAAGCUACAACUGUGGAACUUUUUGUGCAGCAGAAAAACAGUGUUGCUAAGGAAGCAUUGGUGGAAGAGGCAGCCAUUACCAGUGAUUCUGAAUCAGAGCUGUACUGUGAUUCCCCAGACCAAGAGGACCAAGAAAAGGCCUGUUCAGUGCUGACCAAUCAGACUCUUGCCUUAAAAACAUACAUCUCCAGUGCUGAGCAACACAGUAAAAUGUCCCAGGAGAGUUCUGGGAAAGGAGCUGAAGAAGUGAAGGCAGUGCGAGCAGUGAAGGACACAGUGCCGUUUUUAGAGGUUGCAGUGCCUCGGAGCCAGUGGGCUGAGACAGAAGCAGAAGUUCCAGAUAAUGCACCACAUCAAGGAAGAGAUAAGAGAGGCAACAGCAGUAGUGUGGGUGUCGGACUGAAAGAAGCACAUACUGGGAAGUGUCCACACAACCUGCAAGAGGAGAUUGUGGCUGCUGUGUACAGACUGGAGGCAGACAUGCAGAAUGUCAUACUGAGGCUUUCCAAGCUGGAAGAACUUGUGAUGUCACAGAUGUUUCUGCAAAAUUCCUCCAAGUGGUGGCUUCCAGAUGUGCACAUGAGGAAAUACCUGUUUCUUGUCUUUUGGCCUUUUGUUGUUCACUGGCUGCAAGGUGCCUUUCAUAAAGUUGAAACUAUGCACAGUCCAAGCUUGUACAGAAGUGGGGGCACAGCAGGCCAUCUCUACACUCAACUUCAUUUUUGCAGAAAGUAAUAUUAAAAAGAAAAAAGAUGAUGUGCUCACUUAUAUGAAUGCCUUUAACUACUGUGACUUUUGUUCAGGGUGACAAAUGUCACAUUUUUCAAUUUGAUGUAAUAGGGAAACAAAGUGUUCCUGUAAAUGGAACUAUUUGACAUAGUUACUUAAAAUUUUAAGGAGGUGGAUAUGCAGUGUUGACCAAUGAUGUUUGUCAUCAUUUGUAACCAAAUGCUACUAAUGGUUUCUUUCACAGAGCAUUACAUAUGCAAGCUUUCCACUUGAGUUGUACUGCAAGGUAAAAAAAAAUAAUCCUCCAUAUCUGAUAAAUCUGUACUACAGCACGAUGUAUAAUUUAUGUGGAGAAUAUAUACAUGUCUUGUGUGCUUUCCAAAGGAUUUUAGUUCACAGUCAGCACAGAAAAGUUUUCCCAGAGACCAUUCACAAGAACAUAGACCAAAACCAAUUACUUUGCACAUAAAAGUGUGUGUGUGUGUGUGUGUGUGUGUGUGUGUGUGUGUGUGUGUGUGUGUGUGUAUAUGCAUGUGUGGCGUGCAUAUGGCAUACACACACACACAAUACAUUGUGUGCGUGUUUACAUGUAUGCAUACAAUGCAUAAACAUAUGCAUAUAUGCGUGUGUGUAUUUUAUCAAAAGACAUAA